UUUUUUAAUAAUUGAAAAAGGAACAAACAUGGUAUUUGACAGUUUUGGCCGUUAUAUGUUUUAGUUUUUUUUUCAGCACUUCUCAAUGGAAUUUAAUUAAUAAUUUCAUGUUAUACUCUUCCUUAUUUUUUCCGUUUUAACAUGUUCUUUUGUUAAUUGUCGAAGUGACAUUUUGUAAACCAAAUAAUAAUGGGAAAUAACACUAGUAAAUCUUGUAACGACACAGUUAUUUGUACGCAGAAAAACGACGUAGACCUUAGUGCUAGUUCUGAUCCUAGGUCACCUACGCCAGAAAUAAUACGAACACCGCUUCAGGGUAAGCCUAAUGGAAAGCAUAAUAUAACAAAGAAUGUGGAUUUGAGAAAAACAUUUGAAAAUGCUAAAGCUGAAGAAAAGCUGAUUCACAAUAAUCCCAUACUUUCAGCAGUUAUAAAGAAUCAUUUGCAAUCAUAUGAUCCUCGUUCACCAACACAAGAAUUUGAAAGAACACCUAUUAUAAUUACUUCAAAAAUAAAUCAGCUUGAAAAUGAUAAAAAUAUAACUAGACUUCAAAGUGAAAUUAACUGUGGAAGUCCAUGCCUGAGGAACGAUAAUUAUGAAAUUAAUGAAAGCUCUGUAGAAGAAAUCAAUAGUCCUGAUUUAGUUAUACCUAAAAACUUAUGUGACGGAUUUUAUGAUAUGACCCUUAAUGAUACACUAAAAGAACCCAAUGAACCACUUGGAUCAUCAACAGCUUCAAAUGAAGCAAUAGAAGCAGAUAUAUCAGACACAAAACCAACAAAAUUAUUAGAGACAAAUUUUGAAUAUGUAGAGACUGAAAUUGAUAAAUUCGAGGACACUGAAGAAAAUGUCCCGAGUAUUAAUGGUGCAGACUGCAACAAAAAUGACGUACACCAUAUUCCUGUAUUUAAAAUCCUUGAUGAAGAUCCUCGUUCACCAUCUAUUGGUAUAGAUAGGACUCCUAUAGUAGUUGCCAUGAAAGCAGAAAAUAUGAGUAAUGACAAUGUAGAACAUAUGUCAGAUGACAGUUUAAUUAAAGUUCUACAAAAUACAAAUGCUGAACUUCGCCAAAAUGUAGCAAAACCUGUGGAAAAAAAUUCAGAAGGAUUAUUAAUUUAUGAAGAUGAAUCUGAAAGUAUUAAUGAUACACCUAAAAAGUCAAAAUCUGUUGGUAAUAGUGGCUCAAGAACUCCACUUUCUUGCAUGAAAAAUAAGACUGAUACUGGACAUUCAAGAUCAAAAUCAGCAAAUACUUUGUAUGACCCAAAGAAUCCUCUAGGUCCAUCAAAAGUUUCUAGAAGGGUGUCUCAUAUACCUAGAUUGAAAUCAUUAUCAAAACCGAUUAAAGUUGUUUCAACAGGGAGUACCAUAUCUUUAAAGUCCAUAGGCAAAACCUCAACAUUAGGUGGUGACUGUGAAAAUACACCUCCACACUCACAUCGUGAUAAAUGGGACAAGAAUAGCAGUAUUGUGCUUUAAAAUUUAUUAUGUAAUAAAUUGUUAUUUCUCUUGUAAUAAUUAAUUACUUUAAAUAAUAAUUAUUAUUUAAGUUUGUCUAAUCAAAUUUUAUUCCCACUUUAUAUUUUCCCUUUUUAAUAGGAAUGUUGAUUUAAUAAUUAUAUUCACUUCAUUUAACUGAUAUCAUGAUUAUUAUAAUAUAGUCUAAAUAAUCUACAAUAAGUUUUAUAAGAUCUGACAAUAAAAUAUGUGUAUACUUCAAGAGUUAUUUUAAUAAUAAUUUUUAGUCAUGUGAACAUGUAAUUUCUCUUUUGUAUUAUCUCAACAAUUGCAUAAUUGACAGACAAUUACUUCAAGGGUACAUAAGCUACCGUCUAGGGAAACCAUUUAAAAAAUUGUGUAUCGUUACAUGUACUGGUGUUUAAAAGGCCUGCUAUUCGCACUGUGAAAUCAAAAUCAUACUUUAAAUAUCAUUGGGAGAUCACUAAGUAUUCUACUACAUACACGGUGCGUCUAGCAGUUAAAAUAAGUAGCUAUAUUUUUUUUAAAGUUUUUCGAUUCGUCUCUAAGAAAAUUAAUGUUUCGCUUUUUUAUUACUUUCAGUUUCACCACCUACUUACCUGCAUUUUUUAUUUAAUGCGUGUUCGCGACUGAGGAUUAUCUUAACCGAAAAAGUUUUUUUUAUAACCAAUAUGUAAUUAUAUAACCUGCAUGUUUAAUCGUUGCCGUUACCAUUUGUAUACAAGAUCU